UUUAAAUCCCUAUUUUCAACCAGAACUGGCAGUGGACACGAUUUGCUCGUGGUUCCACAUAAAAUACAUCAAAAGGAAAGGAAUAUUCAAGUGAACCUGGAAAGAUUAGUAGCCACUUGCUCUAGGCGGUCUAAGUGAACCAAGUGCGGAUCAUCUGGAAAGUAUAAUUGAGUGUUGGUGUUCUCUUGUCGACAUAAGCGUGUUUCGACCGAUUGAGUGCUGAUUCGCUCGCUUGCUUAAAGUGUAACCGGUGUUCUUCAAGAAAAAGUAUCAUCGAAUAGGCAAACUACGGAAAUAUGCCUUCCAGCGAUCCACUGCCCCCCAAAGAGAGUGCUCUCUUUAGGAAGUUAAUGAAAUGUUACGAAAUGAAGCAGUACAAAAAUGGCCUGAAGUUGGCCAAACAAAUUCUCUCAAAUCCCAAAUACACCGAACAUGGUGAAACAUUAGCCAUGAAAGGCCUGACACUAAAUGGUCUUGGUCGCCGGGAGGAGGCCUAUAAAUAUGUGCGUCUAGGUUUACGUAAUGACUUGAGAUCUCAUGUGUGUUGGCACGUCUACGGCCUUUUGCAACGAAGUGAUAAAAAAUACGAUGAAGCCAUUAAAUGCUAUCGCAAUGCCUUGAAAUGGGAGAAGGACAAUUUACAAAUUCUCAAAGAUUUGUCAUUGCUGCAGAUACAAAUGCGCGACUUGGAAGGCUACAAGGAGACUAGGCACCACUUAUUCAAACUACGACCAUCUCAGCACGCAUCAUGGAUUGGUUUUGCGAUGAGUUAUCAUUUGCUGGGCGAUUUAGAAAUGGCCAAUAGUAUAUUGGAUGCAUUUAAUCAAUCGCAAACAUCUAUUGAACCAAAUGAUUAUCGACACUCCGAACUUCUUUUGUAUCAAAAUCAAAUUCUUGUUGAAGCUGGCAAAUAUCAGGAAGCAUUGGAACAUCUGAUCAAAUACGAAAAUCAAAUGGUAGACAAAUUGGCCGUUCAAGAAGCCAUGGGUGAUCUGUAUAUUAAAAUCGGUCAACAAUCCAAGGCUGUGCCUAUCUUUGAGGAACUUAUCGAUCGUAAUCCCGAAAAUACCCUUUACUAUAGUCAAUUCUUUUUGGCUAAACAAAUUUCGGAUGCUGAUCAGAAACUAAGUGCUUUCAAGAAAUUCCAAGAAACCUACCCCCGAGCCAUGUGCCCCAAACGGCUGCCUUUAGAUGUUGCCACUGGUGAUGCUUUUCAAACUGUCCUAGAUAACUACCUAAGAAGGGGUCUUCGUAAGGGAGUUCCACCACUGUUUGUUAAUGUUCGCUCUUUGCACACACAACCGGAAAAGGUUGCCGUCAUGGAGAAGCUUAUCCUGCAGUAUUAUGAAAACUUAACUCGCUCCGGCCACUUCUCACGAGAGGAUGCUGAUAAAAACUUGCCCGUAGAGCCGGCGUCGGCUGUAGUGUGGACGCUUUUGUUCCUGGCCCAACAUUACGACUAUAAACGUGAAACAGAUAAGGCCCUCGAGUAUAUCAAUGCUGCUAUUGAACACACCCCAACACUGAUCGAAUUGUUUAUUACCAAGGGACGUAUUUAUAAACAUGCUGGCGACCCUGUUGAGGCUUAUAUGUGGCUUGACGAGGCUCAAAGCAUGGAUACGGCGGAUCGGUAUAUCAAUUCCAAGUGUGCCAAAUAUAUGUUGCGAGCAAAUUUAAUCAAAGAAGCUGAAGAUAUUUGUGGUAAAUUUACCCGAGAGGGAGUCUCGGCCAUGGAAAAUCUGAAUGAAAUGCAGUGUAUGUGGUUCCAGACAGAAUGUGCGUUGGCUUACCAGCGUAUGGAACGCUGGGGAGAAUCGCUUAAAAAGUGUCAUGAGGUCGAUAGGCAUUUUGCCGAAAUCAUUGAGGAUCAAUUUGAUUUCCACACAUAUUGCAUGAGAAAAAUGACAAUGCGUGCCUAUGUAGGUCUUUUGCGACUGGAGGAUGUUUUGCGUCGUCAUCCAUUUUACUUUAAGGCAGCCAAAUGUGCCAUUGAAGUUUAUAUUCGUCUCUAUGACAAACCUCUGAAGUCUGAGGAAACGAUUGAAGAGAUUGACACGGAAAAUCUGCCUCCAUCUGAAUUGAAGAAACUCCGUAGCAAACAACGCAAGGCUAAGAAGAAAGCCGAACUCGAAAGUGCACAAGCUGCUCAAGCACAAAUCAAACGCGAACAACAUCAAAAGUCGAAACAACAAGCAAAUCAAGAGGCUGAUCCCGAGGCCCCACAACUCGAUGAACUAAUUCCUGAAAAGCUUGAACGUCCCGACGAUCCAUUGGAGAAGGCCAUCGAGUUUUUGAAACCUCUCCAGCAAUUAGCCAAAGAACGCAUUGAAACACAUUUGCUGGCUUUUGAAUUGUACUCGCGCAAGAGUAAAAUCUUACUUAUGAUUCAAUCGAUUAAACGUGCACUCGCUAUCGAUGCCGGGCAUCCGCAAGUGCACAGUUGCAUAGUGCGCCUAAUACGAGCACUGCCAACAUUGACAAAAGAUCUAAACGUUGCCGUCAAAACGGUCGUAGAUAAAGCCGUUAAAGAACUGAUAGGUACUAAGAGUGCUCAGCAACUGAACGACGAGUUCAUAGCGAAGCACAGCUCUUCCAUAAUGCAUUUAUACGAAGCUGCGCGUAUCAUGUAUGAAUUGGAUGCUGGAAAGCAAGAAGCGGCCAUUAAGUUGAUUACCUCAUAUGAUGUAGCUAAACUUAAAUUGGAGGACGCAACAAAGAUAUUUGAAUCGCUGCGCGAUGGUAUCUUUGGCAAUUGUGAAGAUGCAGUUAAAAACUACAAAGAAACCUGUCAUAAACAUUUUAAGUACGCCCGUCUAUUUCGUGAUAAUGUAGAAGAAACAACAACAGAAAAAACCACCGAAGAGGGUUCAGAUGCCGGUAAUCAUGUCGAGAAAGCUACUGCAGAUUUGUAAUGCAGUUGCCAACGCCUCAAAACAAUUGCCUGGUUUAUCCGCAACAAUAACAACUACUAUUAGAAAACUACACACGAUGAAGAAGGAGAAGAACCGAAACAUCAAAACUUUAUUAAUUUUUAAUGUUAACAAAUAAAUCAAUAAAACACUACAGCAACUACUUGACUGGACAAACAAUUUUAACACCAAAUAAAAUACCAGCUACAAAAAGAACUGUGACUUCACACAUAUAUACAUACACAUCAUACAGAUUCAAGAAGAGAUCAUAUAAAUUAACUAUGGAACAAGUGCUGAAACACAAUGGGAUUGGACGAAUUGGCGUCGACAUGCGACAUGUGGCUGAAAUUAACGUCACGGGUUUAUGUGGUAUAUGUUGAUGUAAAUUCGUAAACCACUACCAUUGCGUUUCUCACUGGUGAAAAAUGGAUGAAAACCAAUAAAGCAAAACAAAUCAUAGAAAUCCAAUAAUAAUCUAAGCUUAAUUUUAACUCAAUAUUUAUGUAGAAAUCAAUUGAAAUUUUUAACCCAUUAUUUUGGUGACUAUCAGUGAUUUAUUGGUGAAAGAGAAUAGUCGUUUUCAUUAUGUCGUCUUACACAUCACAUGUUUUAGUAAUUGGAACUAUUUAUAAAUGCUAACUCUAACUCAUUAUUCGAUAAUGUCAUACAGUUUAUUAUUUUUUCACCUGACGCUUCCUUCUCCAUGUUGGUUAAUAAUGAGAAAAAAUAACAUAUUUUGAUUAUAGAGCCUCCUCAAUGUUUCCAUACCAUACCCCAAAACCAAACAACUGUUGCAAUUUACACCCCUCCCUCUACUACCAACAAGCAUAUUGUUUUCAAUAGCACAUAAAUAAAAUUCGUAGCAACUGAACGAAAUAUGGAGAUCCUAGCAUUACAACAUAAUCUAACCACACACGCAGAAUCCGCAACGUCUUAAUUCAUAUGAAGAACAAACUAAAUUUUAAUAUAUUUUAUAUAAACAACCAAUAUAAAAACCCUAAAGAUGAAAAUUAUAAAAUCAAGAAACAACAAAUAAAAAUCUAUUUCUUAGUUAUAUGCCAAUAAUGAAGAAAUACGGAA